AUGUGGGGAAUCCAUCUUCUGGGGGCCGUGACGCUGGCGCUGUCGCUGCACCUCCUAGCGGCCGCGACAGUCGAGGACAUCCUAUUUGCGGUGCUUUUAGUCCUUUUUGCCAUAUUUGUGGCUGACGAAUGCCUACUUCGCUACCACAGUCGACAACUCGAAGCGAUUGCGCCUCGUGUGGAUGGCGUCGCAGUUGUCACGGGUGCAUCGUCUGGACUGGGUCGGGAAAUCGCGUACCUCCUCGGGGAGAAGGGAUUUCACCUUGUUCUAGUUGGUCGGUCGAAGGAAAGAUUGGAGCGUAUUGCCGUCGAGAUUCACGACGUGUGGGAUGUCCACGUGCACGUGUGUGUGACUGACCUGGGUACCCCAGCAGGACCGCCCACUAUCGUCGAUUUUGUCGCGUCCUUGAAGCUCGAGAUCGAUAUCCUCGUCAACUGCGCAGGCGGCACCCAACGUGGCGUCUUUUCCACGUUGUCUUCGACCACGAUCACGGACAUGAUGCAGUUGAACGUUCUCUCUGUUACAUCGUUGUGCCACCUCGUGCUUCCCUCCAUGCUCGCGCGCAAAUCGGGUCGUAUAUUAAACAUCUCUUCAAUCUCUGGCGCAAAUGCCAUGCCGUUGGCGGCAAUGUACGCCGCGUCCAAGGCAUUUAUGCUGCGUUUGAGUCAAGGGUUGGCCUUUGAAUGUCGAGGCCAAGUGGGGGUCACGGCUUUCUGUCCAGGCCCGCUUCGUACCCAGUUUGCAACGACGACCGGGUCGGCCAAUUCCAUCAUGUUCAAGUUGCCCUUUUUCGUGCACGACGUCAACGUCGCAGCCAAAUGCGCCGUGGCAUCUAUGUUGGACGGCGACGUCAUUGCGUUCGACUCGUGGAUGAGUAAAUUGCUCUACUUUGCAGGCUCCACUUUUGCUGAAAAGCGAUUGACGUUGACUCUCUCCGCGUGCUGCUGGAGUGACAUGGACGCAAUUCGAGAUGCUAUAUGGAGCUAACGCGCAAAUCAUUCCUUUGUCGCGCGAACGGCGAUAACGAUCGUCCACUUCGCCACCGUAACACUUCAAUUCCAAGAAAUCCAACAGCGUUCCCUGGUCAACCGAGAAUUGGUGCUCGCAGCAGUCGUGCAACAGUACUUUGUGCGCCGCCCGGC